GUGUGUUAUAAUACUAGAGCGAUGCUGGACAUCAUUGGGCAGAGAAGAGGGGAGAAAAAGGCUGUUUACACAGACUGCAAACCGCCUGGGGAAUAAUGCAGGAAAGGAAGUGAGCCGGCUCUCUGUCUGACUGCUCCAACUUCCUGCGAAAUCAGGAUCUCAUUACAGAGAAACAGAACAGUUCAGACGACAGUAAGAAUGGAGAACAAGGGGAUAUUACAAUUUUCUUUUUAAAAGUGUUAUCGAAGAGACAUACAUCACAGGUCUGGUUAUGGAGAGUGCUAUCACACUGUGGCAGUUCUUGCUUCAGUUGCUUUUGGACCAGAAACACGAGCACCUCAUCUGCUGGACAUCCAACGACGGGGAGUUCAAGCUUUUAAAGGCAGAGGAGGUGGCCAAACUGUGGGGACUUCGCAAAAACAAGACCAACAUGAACUACGACAAACUUAGCAGGGCGCUCCGUUACUACUAUGAUAAGAACAUUAUCAAAAAGGUGAUCGGACAAAAGUUUGUAUACAAGUUUGUCUCAUUCCCUGAAAUCUUAAAAAUGGACCCGCACACAGUGGAGCUGGGCAGAGAGAGCAUGCUGUUACAGGACAGUGAUUCUCUGAGUCUGGAGACCAAAGAGCAGCAAACCCUGUCGGCCUUGAGAAAUACCGACCGCAACGACUAUAUCCACUCAGGUCUCUACUCCUCCUUCACAAUCAACUCACUACAGAACCAGGCCGAGGUUUUCAAAUCAAUAAAAAUGGAGAAGCAAGAUAGGAAAUCGGAUGACAAGCUGCAGGGGGACGAGACGCGGACUGUAAUCCGCUUUGUAACAAACAAACCAGAGAAGCAUGUGACGUUGCCGGUGGUUUCCAUGCCAUCCUCUCCUUCUGUGUCAGCUGAGGCCGUGGCUUCUGCGGCUUUCUUGACAUCCUCUGCCUCUGCCAAAGCUUCCCCAACUUUGAUGUCGGCUCAGGCCACAAACUUCUCUCCCUCCCCCUCCCCCAGUUCUUCUUUCCUGUCAGGAAACAGGAGCCCCAACCCGGAGGCAGAUGACUUGGAACUGUCUUCCCAGCCUCUGAACCUUUCUGCCAGCCACAAGGCCAGGUCCCCUCAACUGUUUGAGAAGAGGAAUAGCAACGGCCUUCUCCCAAAGGCCAAGAAACCCAAAGGCCUGGAGAUCUCAGCCUCCUCUUUAUUAUUCUCAGGCACUGAUAUCGGCUCAAUUGCCCUCAACAGUCCCGCACUUCCCUCAGGGUCUCUGACACCAGCCUUUUUCACUGCACAGACACCUACAGGAUUGUUGUUAACUCCCAACCCAUUAUUAUCCAGUAUUCACUUCUGGAGCAGCUUAAGCCCUGUGGCUCCUUUAAGUCCUGCAAGGCUCCAAGGAACAAGCUCUUUAUUUCAGUUCCCCUCCUUGUUAAACGGUCACUUACCGAUGACAGUUCCUGCGAUGGAUGGGUCUUCUUCACCGAUGUUACUUUCUUCUAAUGAUCAUAAAUCCUAACUUUCCCUGAGUGAAUGCCUUAGCCGAAGACAGUGUUCAUUUUGUGAAAUGCAAA